ACGUCCUUCGGCCUCCUCAGGGUGUUCAGCGUUGUGAUCCCUUUCCUGUAUGUCGGGACUCAGAUCAGCAAGAACUUUGCAGCCCUACUGGAAGAACACGAUAUCUUUGUCCCAGAGGAUGACGAUGACGAUGAUUAAAGGAACUGUAAUGGAAGAACAGAAAGGAGAAAACCAUUGACAAAGCAAUGGUUCCAACAUCCGUCACCUGUGUUUUGUCCUUCCAAAAUGGGACGGGGGUUCUGUAUCCCCUUUGCCAGUGAGUGUCCUGCGCAUGUCUGUAUGAUGGAAAUCUGUAGAUCAGGGUUGAAGGAAGUGCUUGAUAGGCUCUGCGUCCUUGCACACACACACACGCUCACCUCAAAGACUGCUUGGGAUUACUUUUAUUAGCAAUAUGAGAGAUGCUUAAUUAAAAAUGAAGCAAUUGCGAUG